AUGGCCAACGAACGCAUCACCUGGAUCGGCCUGGGCAACAUCGGCCGCGCCAUGGCCGCCAACAUCGCCCAAAAAGGUCCCCAAACAGCCCCCAUAACCCUCUACAACCGCACAACCAGCAAAGCAACCACCUUCGCAUCCACCCUCCCCGCCGACAAAGCCACCGUCAGCACGACCCUCUCCUCCGCCAUCUCCGACUCAACCAUAAUCUUCAUCUGCGUCGGCGACGACGCCGCCCUGGAAGCCAUCAUCUCAGGCCUGCCCACAGACUCCCUCUCCUCCAAAAUCAUCGUCGACUGCUCCACCGUGCACCCAGACACCUCGCGCAAGAUCCACAGCCAACUCGCCUCGCACGGCGCCUCCUUCAUCGCCUGUCCCGUAUUCGGCGCGCCCGCAGCCGCUAUCGCGGGCCAACUCGUCGUCGUGCCCGCCGGUGACGCCGCCACCAUCGAGCGCAUCAAGCCCUUCCUGGAUGGGGUUACUUCCAAAGCGACGAUCUCCAUGGCGGGUGAGGAUGUGGGUCGUGCUACGACGCUGAAGAUUCUCGGAAAUACGUUUAUCUUGAAUACCGUGGAGACUGUGGCGGAGGGGUUGGUUACGGCGGAGAAGACUGGGUUGGGGGCGGAUGUGUAUCAGCAGUUCUUGCAUACGUUUUUCCCCGGCCCGUUUGCGUUGUAUGCGGAUCGCAUGGUCACGGGAGAUUAUUGUCGGAGGGAGGAGCCGUUGUUUGCGGUGGAUUUGGCGAGGAAGGAUUUGAGACAUGCUAGUAAUUUGGCGGGGGAGGCGGGGGUUAGGUUGAGGAGUGUGGAGGUUACGGAUCAUCAUUUGGUUACUGUUAAGGAGGAGAAGGGCGUGAAGGGGGAUGUGGCGGCGGUUUAUGGGUCUGUUAGGAAGGAGGCGGGGUUGCCGUUUGAUAAUUAG